AUGGAUAAAAAAGACAAAAUACGCAUGUCAUCCCUGGAAAAUGGAUCAUUGGUCUACUCUCGUACGGACAGGCUCUUUGACACGGAUGUAGGGGAAGUUGAGACACAAAUGCCCCGGGAUAAGAGCAGAAUAAAAAAGAAUGAAAAAAACAAAGAGAUCCUGAAUGAGAGGGAAAAUGGAAACAGAAUAAGACUGGUAACUGGGAAGAAUAAGCAGAGAUCCAGUAGACAUAAAACAGAUAGAAUUAAUUUGGAUGAUAUAACAGGAGAAUAUGACUACAAUAACGAUGGAUAUGGGUUUGAGGAGUCAGAAGUGCAGCAGGAGAGCAACUUUAUGGUUGCCUGGAUGCUAUAUACGUACAACCUGCUAGUGGCUGUCUAUAAUACAGUUAGAAAGUAUGCCAUUCUUAUUCUACUAGUGGCAUUUUACUAUAAAACAACAGGAAACGCGCCUACACAAUUUACCACAAACAUAUGCACAAUCACCAAUGCAAGAGUAGAAGAAAUCAGUCGCCUCUACCGCUUUGGCCUCUUCAGAAGCAGGAGAACCAGUAUUGACAACCUAAUUCAGGAUAAUCCAAUUUGCACCAGUCUAGAAAUGCCUAGUCAAAAACAAACCAUCAAGAGACACCCUUAUAUUAAAAUAAGCCUUAAUAAAAGGCAUCACAUCAAUACAAUAGCAAUAUACCAUCCAAUACAGGCAAAUAAGCGCAGUGCAAUUCAUAGAUUCACACUUCAAUACGUCCGAGACAACAGACUGGUGCAACGUGAGUUGAUCUAUAAAGAUUCCUAUGGAUAUCAGGAGUAUCAGAUCAACGAAUCCAUUGAUUGGUUCAAAAUUAGAAUCAACAGCAAUUACGGUGAGAAAUACGUCAGCAUCUACAGGAUAUUCGCACAUGGAAGGUAG